AUGUUGGGAGGUAAUAAUGAUAAAUAUCAUCAACCCUCAUCUCAACUUCCAUUCAACUGUGGUGUGGUUUUCAUAAUUUUAUUCAGUUUUGCGGCUUUGCAAAAUGAAUUUUCGUUGCUUCGAAACGAAUCUUUCUUACCAAAGGAACAUAGUAUUAUGAGAAAUAAAAGAACGCUCAGAUCCUAUUUAUUAGUUAUAAAUAAAAUUCUAAAAUCAGCAGAACUGUUUCGUAAUACCUCGAACUGCUGGUUGCAUAUAGUAACGGCAAAUGGAAAACAAUAUGACGUCAAAUACACGAACGCAUCAUCUGCUGGUAAAAAAAUUGAAUCUUAG